AUGGCAGAGCCCUUGUCCGCUCAGUGCCCAGUGCCUCUCGCGGAGUCAGAGCUGUACUUCCUCAUCGCCAGGUACCUAUCUGCAGGCUCGUGUCGGAAAGCGGCCCAGGUACUGGUGCAGGACCUGGAGCAGUGCCAGUUGUUGCCAAAGAGGUUGGACUGGGAGGGCAAUGAGCACAGCAGGAGCUACCAGGAAUUGGUCUUGUCCAGUAAGCAUGUGGCUCCUGAUCACCUAUUGCAAAUCUGCCAGCGCAUAGGUCCUAUACUGGAUAAAGAAAUUCCAGCUGGUAUUUCAAGAGUCGCUUCUUUGCUUGGUGCAGGAAGGCAGUCUUUGCUACUUACAGCAAAAGUUAACUUAAUUUGA